UUCAACCCCAUUGUGUUUUUCUUUGAACACACCCAAGGAGGCAUUACCCCAUCGGUUGAAUAGAGACACGAAACCAAUCAUGUCGCUUCUGUAUCGCCUAGGCCGUCCUACGGUACAGGCAGUCAAUGCUUUGCGACCACGGUGUGCGUCGACAGUUUUGCGAGACUGCUCAAGGAGAUCCGUAGUCGACUCGAGGAAGACUUUGGUUACUGCGACACAACGUGUGCAAGCUGCUGCUACCGCACAGGAGACACCAAUAGAAGCUUCUGGAUUUGAAGAAUCCCUUGUGAAACGAGACGGACGCCCCAUCUACCUCGACGUCCAAGCAACCGCCCCAAUGGAUCCUCGAGUCAUCGACGCUAUGCUCCCCUACAUGACGCAAUUCUACGGCAAUCCCCACUCACGAACUCAUCAAUACGGCUGGGAAUCGGAGGCAGGUGUAGAAAAGGGGCGACAGCAAGUGGCCGAUCUUAUUGGAGCAGAUCCCAAAGAGAUUAUUUUCACAAGUGGAGCUACCGAGUCAAACAAUAUGAGUGUUAAAGGUGUUGCGAGGUUUUACAAGAGUAAGAAGAACCAUAUUAUUACUACUCAGACGGAACAUAAAUGUGUGUUGGACUCUUGCCGUGUGUUGCAAGAGGAGGGUUUCGAUGUGACAUAUUUACCUGUCAAGGAGAAUGGACUGAUUGAUCUUCAGACUCUGGAAGAAGCGAUCCGACCUGAAACCGCUCUGGUGUCCAUCAUGACCGUAAACAAUGAGAUUGGAGUCAUCCAACCUAUUGCAGAGAUUGGAAAGAUUUGCCGGGCAAAAAAAGUAUUCUUUCAUACUGACGCGGCGCAAGCUGUCGGUAAAAUACCCCUCGACGUGAACGCCAUGAACGUGGAUCUCAUGUCCAUAUCAGGACACAAAAUAUAUGGUCCAAAAGGCAUUGGUGCCCUCUAUGUUCGACGUCGCCCGCGUGUACGAUUGGAGCCAAUCAUGUCUGGUGGUGGACAAGAGAGGGGUUUGCGGAGUGGGACUGUACCAACUCCUUUGGUUGUAGGGUUGGGUGCGGCUUGUGCUAUCGCCAAAGAGGAAAUGAAUUACGACGCAGCUCGCAUCAGAGCCCUUUCGGACCGCCUUAUUAAUGGAAUAACCUCCCAAAUCGAACACGUUGUCCGCAACGGCGACCCCGAUGCCUCGUAUCCUGGCUGCGUCAACCUCUCAUUUGCCUACGUAGAAGGUGAAUCCCUCUUAAUGGCUCUCAAAGAAAUUGCGCUCUCGUCCGGCAGCGCAUGCACAUCAGCAUCCCUGGAACCGUCCUACGUGCUUCGUGCUCUCGGUGCCGAUGAUGAUAUGGCGCACAGUUCGAUUCGGUUUGGGAUUGGACGGUUCACGACGGAGGCGGAGGUGGAUUUUGUUGUGGAUAGGGUUGUGAAGCAUGUGGGAAGGUUGAGGGAGAUGAGUCCUUUAUGGGAGAUGGUUCAGGAAGGCAUUGAUCUGAAAUCGAUCCAAUGGGCUCAACAUUAAUCCAUUUUUGUUUUGUUGUCACUGAUGCAUUUGCGCUUUAUUGGGAGAGGAAGGUUAUAUAUCUUCUGGGACAUCGCACGGGGGUUUUACUCUAGAUUGUGUGAACGUUUGUCAUUUUGGAGCGUUUGUUGUAAAUAUAGCUCUCCUGCUUGCACAAACAGCAAGGUAACACUGGUUGUUUUUUCUUUAUGGCCAAAAAUAAAACAAGUCAAGAAACAUGUAGGCAGAAAAACAA